AAAAAUAAAUCAAAGGAAGCGCAGCGGUGUCAUCUGGUUAGAUUUUUAUAUGUUCAAAACUGUACCAUUUUUUCGCAUAUUUUAAUGUAGUUUGUGUGAUUGUUUGAGAAAAAAUUGUAAAUUCAACAUAAUUAGUGCUUCAAGCUUUUCAAGGUGCUCCAUACUUGACACCUUUUCCGUUUAGUUCACGAUGUCCAAACGUCGCAACUUGUUAGACUCCGCCGAAAAGCGUCGUUCCCUCCAGAAUGUGGCGGUUGCCCGGGGCCGUCUCAAGGGUGCUCUGGCCGACAUCAUGACCCACAGCGACGAUGAAUCGGACUCGGACGACCCUCACGCGACUCGCCAUUCAAAGCGAUCGAAAACGACGGCGGCUUCCUCCUCGGAUUCCAUUCCCAUCCCGCAUCAGUCGUACAUCAUGAAGCUGUUCGACCGGUCCGUUGAUUUGGCCCGUUUCGACGAAACCACCCCGCUGUAUCCGAUCUGCCGCGCCUGGAUGCAGAACCAACCGCGGAUCAAUCCGAAACAGGUUCGGACGCCUUCGCCGGUUAAACGCGAGCACAAUCCACAGAUGGCGGACCAGUACCGAAAUGGGGAACUGGAGGAAAUCCGCUCGAUGCCCCGGCCAGAUCCCAGCCUGGUGGAUCGGUGCCCGCUGCCGUUGCCCAGCCAAACGCGAACUUCCAAAGAGUUGCUGGACGUGGAACCGAUGUCGAAAAUGGCCCUGCUGGCAGAACACAAAAACCGCUGGAGCCAGAUCCGUCAAAACUGGGAACAGCACAGUCGAAUCAGGGAGCAACGGCAUGCGGCUAGCUUUGAGCUUUUGGAUGCUCUGCUCAAGGCGAAAUUCUGAGGGAGGCGUAAUGCUACGCGCUUUUGGAUUGUGUGCAUGGGUUUUAUUUAACAGACGUGCAAAAGAAUAUUUUGCAUUUUAAUUUCAUUUUAGUUUUAAAUCGCCUUUUUUGAACAACAUUUACGGAAGUUGUUUUAUUCUGAUUAGUCAUGUAGCAUCAACUAAAUAAAAUAACUAAAAAAUACAAUAGCUAUAAAAUA